AUGUAUCCUCCCUCGCCACCUUCACGGGACUUUGAAGUCAUGUUGGGCGAAUCACUAAGUCAUCAUAUUGAAAACAGUAAGCCAUCCAUUUUGACCUGUCACCAUGUCGGGGCCAACCUAAUCAAACCAAGGCAAGCACUGCUGAAGAAAGGUGGAAGAAAACUGCGUUCGACAACGUUGGGGUUGCAGCGGACACACCAGCAAAAACCGAUGAGAAACAACCCCAUGCGCCUGGCAGACAACAACUAUGUCGCAGUUUCGAAAUCCCCAGUGCAGAGUGCCGAGCUCGCGACCAACCGGACCCAGUCAACUGCGAUGACCCUUCAUCAUCUUAAGCAGGGAACAAAGAAAGAGGUAUAAAAUUGAGUUAAUUUGAGAACAAGAUGUUUUUCGUUAUUCUGUGCUUGUACAUUUGGAUGUCUUUUUUUGUCUAUUCUUAAUGAAAAGUUACGCCGCUUUGUAUCCAUUAGCCAUCAUUCAUAGUGUAAACAACACGCAUUAUUAUGCAACGUGACACAAUUUCGCUUGAAACAGUGGGAUGGAGUCCCCCCUCCCCGUACUUUAUUUUGACGGCUAAAAACUCAAUUUGCAUAUUUACAAAUGUAUAUUCAACCCACGACCCCACACUGGUAUGCUUAUCCGUGGACCUAUAGGAAUAAGGUUCACAUUGUACACUUUAUUAAAAAGAUGGACCAGAAUAGACAUGCUACAGGUAUUUAGGUUACUUGUUUUGAAGGAUUUCAACAUGCUGGUGAUGUGCCAGUUGCUGAGAUGUUUACAUAAGGCAUUGACACCAAAAACAAAUGAGGUGGAACUGGCAAUUAUUCUUUCUUUCCUCAAGUGUUCUGCGUAGCAAUCAAAAUAGAAAGUCAAUUUACAUAACCAUGUUAGAAUGGUUCUGACCUUGUGAGAUUGUAAUUUUGUUUUUCUUUCCUCCCAGCUGCUGAAGUCAAAAAGUGGGAGAGUGGAGAGAGCCACAGCACCAGCAGGCCAGUCUGUCCACAACCUCAAUAGACACAAUCAAGCUGCCCAGAAUCUGAACACCCGGAGCCAUAGGAGCAGGCACGCUAAUGCACCUGGCAAUACUCUCUCAGUAAUGAAAAGCGACAGCAGCUGCUACCAGAAGCCACCCUCUGCUCCCUUCCAGCUCCUCCAUAGAGAGGAGAAGAAGCCCUUCAACUCAGCUGACAGUGCCAAGAUCGUGAAUGUAUCCCCAGCUGAGCUUGUACCCGAGGAGGAGCUCAAAGACGGAGAGAAGAUCUAUGCUGGAGCUAAAUUCAGCGAGCCCCCGUCUCCAAGUGUCCUGCCCAAACCACCCAGUCACUGGGUUGGUGAAACUGCCCCCCAACAUUCCGACCACAGCCGAGAGAAAAUGACUUUUCAUUUGAAGUCUUUGCUGAAGGUUCAAGAUAAACCAUGA